GGAGGAAAGAGCAAGGGGAAACAUGUGAGCGCUCUGAGGAUCUAGUGAGAGACAAUUUUGUGCUUACUUUUUUGACCCAAUGCACUGUGCUGAAACGGAUUUUAAAUCAGAAGGAAGGACACAAGUGAAGCUUACUGCAAUUCUCAGAGUUUGCUUAUUCUUUGCUUUGUUUUCUUUACGAGAGAAAAAUGUGUAUUUCUGGGGUAUGCCAGCAUAACCAGCACUACCAUUAAUUUAUUUAAAAUAACAUUUUUUUCUCUAGCAAAUAUUUAAUUCUGAUUACUUUAUGCGUAUACCUUUAUUAAACUAAAUUAUUAUAAUCGUUUACCUGUGAGACAGCAUAUAUAAAUAUAGAGAAUAUAGUAUUUUGUAGGUUUGCACCGUUGCUUUCAACAGUGAUUUCUCUCAUAUAUUUUGGUUCCAACGUUUUUUCAAUAUGAGGCAUUUGAAAUUUGUACUCGUGUUGGCUAUUGCAGUCAACGUUUGGGAAUGUGGGGAUUCCAAAUUUGGCGAGAAGGGGGAAAUAAGCCCGAGGAGAAGGAGAUGUUACGACGGGAGCAUGCCCAAGCGACUGAAGAAGAGGGAAAGAAAACUGUCAGUGGACAGCGAUGCAAGCAGCGGGGAAGUUUGUCACAGGUUGUACCCUCGUGUGUCAUGCUGCCCAACCAGGCGUGCUGCUUAUCAGAUAGUCCACCGGCGUGAUGCCAGGAUCUUCUCCACCAAUAACACGGAGUGCAGCCGUCUCCUGGAGGAGAUCAAGUGUGCACACUGUUCGCCCAACGCCCAAGUGCUGUUCCACUCCCCCGAGUCGGACAAGGUCCCCCUCAGGGAGCCCCACCUGCCACGCCUCUGCCAGGACUACUGCCGUGAGUUCUACUAUACCUGCCGCGGACACAUACCAGAGCUGUUCCAAGCCGAUGUGGAUGAGUUCUGUCAAUACUACGGACGGCGGGACGGAGGCCUGUGCUUCCCAGAUUUCCACCGAAAGCAAACACGGGGACAGGACUCCAACUACUUGGGAGAUGAGAAAGUCGAAGACAUCAACAGGAAGCACAAGCACAACUGCUACUGUGCCCAGGUGGUGCUGAGUGGGCUGAGGCAGCCAGUAGCCGUGGUGCACUGUGGGGACGGAUCCCACCGCCUCUUUGUCCUGGAGAAGGAGGGCUUCGUCCGGGUGCUGACCCAUAACAUGGAGCUGCUGAAAGAGCCUUUCCUGGACAUCCACAAGCUGGUGCAGACUGGACUCAAGGCAGGAGAUGAAAGGGGUCUGCUAGGUCUCACAUUCCACCCCAAUUACAAGAAGAACGGCAAGCUGUACGUCUCCUACACCACCAACCAGGAGCGCUGGGCCAUCGGACCGCACGACCACAUUCUGCGUGUGGUCGAGUACACCGUCUCCAGGAAAAACCCCAACAUGGUGGACAGUAGGACCACGCGGAUGCUGAUAGAAGUGGCAGAGCUGCACAGGAAGCACCUGGGAGGACAGCUGCUGUUUGGCCCUGACGGCCUGCUGCACAUCGUCCUGGGAGACGGCAUGAUCACCCUGGACGACAUGGAGGAGAUGGACGGCCUCAGUGAUUUCACAGGGUCUGUGUUGAGGGUGGACGUGGACACAGACUGCUGCACGGCUCCCUACUCCAUACCCAGGAACAACCCCUACUUCAACAGCACCAACCAGCCACCAGAAAUAUUUGCCCACGGACUGCAUGACCCAGGCAGGUGUGCCGUGGACCACCAUCAUACGGAUAACAACGGGAGUCUCUUGAUCCUGUGCACGGACGCCAGUGGUAGGAACGCGUCUGCAGGGAGAAUACUGGCGAUCACUAAGGGGAAAGACUACGAGAACGAGGCGUCCAUCUUUGACCUGGCGACCAGUGGAGGAGCAGCACCUGUGGGAGGGUUCAUCUACAGAGGCUGUCAGUCCAGAAGGCUCUACGGGAGCUAUGUGUUCGGAGACAAGAACGGGAACCUACGGAUCCUCCAGAAGGGCUCAGCGGCGGCAGGGGACCAGUGGCAGGAGAAAGCUCUGUGUCUGGGGACCAGCAGCUCCUGUGGCUCCGCUCUGGUGGGACAUAUCCUGGGCUUCGGAGAGGACCAACUAGGUGAAGUGUACAUCCUGGCCACCAGUAAAAGCAUGGCUCAGUCACACAGUGGGAAGCUCUACAAGCUAGUGGACCCUAAAAGGCCCGCUGUCCCUAAGGAGUGUCAGAGACAGGUGGAGGCCCCGGAGCUGCUGGGAACGGCCUGCUCACGGCAGUGUAAGAACGGACACUGCACCCCCACCGGGAAGUGUUGCUGCAGCACCGGCUGGGAGGGACCCUUCUGCAGAGUGGCUAAAUGUGAGCCGGCCUGCCGUAACGGAGGCGUGUGUGUUGAGCCCCACAGCUGCCUUUGUAAGAGCGGCUACUCGGGCGCCCAGUGUGAGAAGGGCGAGCGGGGCAUGCCUAGCGACCAGGAGAAGGACGGCAUCCUGGACCACAUCAUAGACAUGACCUCGUACCUGCUGAACCUCACUAGCUACAUGGUAUAGGGGCAUGGGGAGGGGGUCCACUCCCACCGCAACCCCUCCCGGGCCCCCUCACUCAACCACCGGAGAAGCCCAAGCAGAGCCUCCCUCCUCCCUGAUUCACCCCUGAGACACCCCCCCCCGUCUGAACGUACCCUGUCCCCGUCAACACCCAGACUCUGGUCAUCUUCAGGCAUCCGGGCCAAGCAUCCCUCCAGAGACCAUCACACAGACAGACACAGCAACGUGAUGGUUAAAUGCAUGGCAAUCGUCGUCUAUGGUCUAAUGGUUGGACCUCCACCGUAGCUACAUAAGCUUUUUAUACUCUUCUUCACCAGGGGAAAGUUCUUCUCCUCUCUCUCCCACUCUGGAACCCCCAUGCAGAUGACUUGAUAUUAGCACUGCACCCCUGCUGAGAACAGAGGGAGACCCCCUCGCGUUCUCUCCACACAACAACAAAAAAACAGCGGCCAUUUUGACUGAAGCCUUACAGAGAGCGAAGGGGAGUCGGCUGAGCUGAAACACAGCGAGGCGGGCGGAGGCGUGGUGACUUAAGUUAUCCCCCAGGACUGGAGAGUGGACAGCCCAAUACUGGGGGUUGGCUUUGGGUCUGCCUUCACCAACACAACACAGUCUAUAUACAGCCUUUAAAUGAACAUGCCAAUCUCUUCAGCAUCAGCAAUGCAAUAAUACUGACACUGACUGAAGAGUUUCUGAUAAUCUUACUGUGCCGUGUAUAGAGCCCCAUACAGAGUCCUGUACUAUCUUGUCUAAAGGCACUAAUAUGAAUGACCAAUAGACCAAUGUCACAGUAAUAAUAAUGAUUAUUGUUAUUUUGACCCACUGUUUUCUCUGGGUGAUGUUUUGUCUUCAUAGAAAAACUUCAUGAUACAGCGGUAUAGAUUUGUUGUUCAUCGCUCACUUGACAUGCUGCCAAUGUACAGAAUGGAUCCAUAGCUGAAGAAUGAGUGUCUUUGGACUCAACAGGUAUCGAUAGAGUUUAUAUGGAUGUGUCCCAAAUGGCACCCUAUUCCACGUAGAGUGCACUACUUUUGACCAGAGCCCUAUGGGCCCACGUCAAAAAUAGUGAGCUACAUACGGAACAAGGGUGCCAUUAGGGACAGAGUCUAUGACAUUGUUAGGAUAGAGCUCAUAGCUUUGCACUCCCAAUGUCAACGCCAGUUUGAUACAUUUGAAAUGGAGUCAUCAACUCCACGCACUGUAAUGUAAUGUUUUUUGUGUUUCACAAUCAAGGGCAGGCGAUUAUGUUGGGACUAUAGUACGGUGUCAUACAGCAGUGACGUUGUCACACACUAACACAGUGGUACGCAGCAGCUCAAAUCUCUCACACUGAACACACACACACACACACACACUAACACAGUGGCACGCAGCAGGUCAAAUCUCACUCUUAAUCUCUCACACUGAACACACACACACACACUAACACAGUGGCACACAGCAGGUCAAAUCUCACUCUUAAUCUCUCACACUGAACACACACACACUAACACAGUGGCACGCAGCAGGUCAAAUCUCACUCUUAAUCUCUCACACUGAACACACACACACACACACACACACACACACACACACACACACACACACACUAACACAGUGGCACGCAGCAGGUCAAAUCUCACUCUUAAUCUCUCACACUGAACACACACACACACACUAACACAGUGGCACACAGCAGGUCAAAUCUCACUCUUAAUCUCUCACACUGAACACACACACACUAACACAGUGGCACGCAGCAGGUCAAAUCUCACUCUUAAUCUCUCACACUGAACACACACACACACACACACACACACACACACACACACACACACACUAACACAGUGGCACGCAGCAGGUCAAAUCUCACUCUUAAUCUCUCACACUGAACACACACACACACUAACACAGUGGCACGCAGCAGGUCAAAUCUCACUCUUAAUCUCUCACACUGAACACACACACACUAACACAGUGGCACGCAGCAGGUCAAAUCUCACUCUUAAUCUCUCACACUGAACACACACACACACUCGCUACACAACUUCAGUGGUCGUUCUACAGGGACAGAAGCUGAUGUAUAUUUCAUACAUAAAGAGCUGAACUAAGUAGUACUUAGCCUUGCUAAAUAAUAUAGCGUGACUAUUGUUUCGAUAGAGGAGGGUUUAUUUUUUUAACUGUGAUAAUGUAAGGGAGAGGACGGUGUUUGUAGAAAGUGGUUUUGCAUUAAGCCUAAAAAAAACAUGUUUAUUUUUUAUUUUUUUGUCUUAUUUUUGCUAACAGACAAACACAAUGUAUGCAGUGUUUUUCCACGGAAUGAAAACACACAGCGACACGUGCAGUACAGAUCAGCACCGUGUGUUAAAGGCCACGCGUGUCUACACCUGAAUGGGACAGUUUGUAACCGACCACUGAGACACAACACAAGGCUCUCUAUGUUUCCUUCCCGUAGUACGCCUCUGUCUGUGGCGCUCAACUGCAGCAUAACGGUCUGUGUUUGGUCUUUGUUUUAGGCCACCAACUUAUUGGAGCCUGUUCCCAGUCGGAUGAGAAGAGUUCCUCCAGGUAGAUCAGAUGAAAGGUGGUUUCACAUCAGACACUCUACUCUACAUACUGUGAGACGUUCAGAUAAGACAUAUGGAAUGAUAAAAUGUGUCAAGUAUGAACCCAGACUUCUUUCAUCUACUUUGUGGUGAACUGUGAUCCCUUAACAAAUGAACAGCAUAAAGAAGACGUUGCUCAUCUCAAAGACAGGGAUCUAAACCGUCUUCGGCGAGCCAAACGACAAUUAAAAAAAGACUCGAAUUAUGUUGGAGCCCAUCGAUGUGUUGACUUUCUUCAGAAGACUGUAUAAAACACAUCACGUAACGCCACUAAUCUACAGGUUGAUCAGGAUUGGUUCAUUUGAUUUAGUGCCAUUGCAAAUUCCUUGAUACCGUAUUAAUCUUGAGUCUCCUGACAGUAGUUCAGCAAAGAUCAAAGCAACCUCUUAUAUCUUGUGCCAAUGUUGUCUUUUUUAAGUGCCUGCCCCCCACACAAUUGGAAUGUCUUUAUUUCUAUGAUCAUAUAUUGUUUUGAGUUCCCGUUCUAAGCAUGGUUAGAAGUGUUCAGGGUUUUCCAAUUCCUCUCACUCUCUCUCUCUCUCUCUCUCUCCUCUGUAUCUCCAAUGACAGCAGUUGUUGAUCCUCUGUCUCGCCAGUGUUCUCUCUGGUCUAUAAUGCGUCAUAUGGAACUCAUGCUGUAAAGUCGAUACUAUAAUUUUAGCACUUAAUGUGAAACUUGCAUUUUAGCUGCUGAGACGGCGUGGUGUGAAUAAAAUAGAGUAACCGUUUUCAUUAUUUAAGUAGUUACGCAAAGUUAUUUAAGUUCUCUACAAUUGUUUUUGCCGCUGUAUGUGAGGAUUUUGAUUUUGAUCAUGUGUUGUAAAUAAAACCUAGGGCUAUCUUUGUUUCUUUUCAGAAAUAUCUAUAUGUCUAUUAAAGUUUAUAGCAUGUCUGAAAA